AAGGCGACCUUGCAGGACAGCCUCCACAUUCUGAACAACGGACUAUUGUCUCCUGUGGCUUUUGAACAUGGAAAGUGUCCUGGACCCUUUCUCCGGCUUGGAGUCGUUCUCCUCGCCUCCUUAUUUCCACGAUGACGAGUUCUUCACUGACCAGUCUUCCAGGGACGGAGCUCUAGACGCAGACGACUUCUUAGAUGAUGACGUGGAUUUCCUCACGAGUCAUUUCCGAGACUAUUAUAGCAAAGACGGCUGCAACAGGAGUGAAGCUCACGAUGGCGACUACGACCUCGGCAACCUGUCUUUCUCCUCCUCCUCCUCCACCUUCUCAUACGGCUGUGCGGACAGCACCCCGGACCUCUCACCGCACAUGGGACAUCACAGUGGUCCGCUGCUGAAGACCAGGCGGCGGAUGCGGUCGGAGAUGGAGAUGCAGCAGCUGAGGCAGGCAGCAAACAUCCGGGAGAGGAGGAGGAUGCAGUCCAUCAAUGACGCCUUCGAGGGUCUGCGCUCCCACAUUCCGACCUUGCCUUACGAGAAAAGACUGUCCAAAGUAGACACGCUGCGGUUGGCCAUCGGCUACAUUAACUUUUUGGCUGAGCUCGUGCAGUCCGACAUGCCGAUCAGUAACUCCAACAGCGAGGUGCUGGUCCAACCCAAGAAAGUGAUCAUCUGUCACCGAGGAACAAGAUCUCCAUCACCCAGCGACCCAGACUACGGCCUCCCACCUCUGGCUGGACAUUCGCUCUCAUGGACGGAUGAGAAGCAGCUCCGCGAGCAGAAUAUCAUCCGCACAGCCAGAGUCUGGACCCCCGAGGACCCUAGAAAAAUUCACAAGUCCAGCCUGACGGACAUCGAGAAUGAGCCUCCUUUUAGGCUGGUGGCCUGA